AUGGCGGCGGGCGGCGGCGGGGCGCGGCGGGGGCUGCUGAAGCGGAAGCCGAACUUCACGCUGCAGGAGAUCGACAUCCUGAUGAGCGAAGUGCUCAAGUACGAGCAGCUGCUCUUCGGCGCCGCCGCCAGCACCGUCAACGCCUACGAGAAGCAGAAGAUCUGGUGGCGCAUCACCAACAAGAUCAACGCCGCCGGUCGCAACCAGCGCGACAUCGGCGAAGUGAAGAACCGCUGGCGGGGGCUGCGCCGCCGGGCCGGCGACAAGAUCACCCGGCACCGGCAGGAGAGGCAGGGACCCGCCGCCCGGCCCGGGACCAGAACAGGUGCCAGGGAGGACUGGGACACGGACACAGGCAUGGAGGACCGGGACAGGGACGCGGGGGGCCAGGACAGGUGCCGGGGGGACCAGGGCAGGGACACGGGGGACUGGGACAGAGAUGCAGGGGACCGGGACAGGUGCCAGGGGGGCCGGGACACAGACACGGGGGACCAGGACAAGGACACAGGAGACUGGGACACGGACACAGGGGACCGGGACAUGGACACGGGGGACCAGGACAGGUGCCAGGAGGGCCGGGACACGGACAUGGGGGACCAGAACAUGGGCGUCAAGGAGGAGGCGGUGAAGGAGGAGCCGGUGGAGGUGAAGACAGAGCCCUUCCACAGCCCGGCCACCGACAGCAUCCCCGGCCGCGGCGCCGAGCGCCGGCUACCCCAUGCCGGCACCCGCCUGCCCGGUGAGCUGUGCGAGGGCUGGAGCGAGCCCCCGCGCCCCACGCCCCCCGAACUCUCCCUCGGCGACCUGGGCGGGCAGCAGGAGCCGUUGGGCUCCGAUUUCCCAAGCAUCCUCUUCGAGCAAGAGGCCGAGCAUCUCAAUAACUGCGGCGCGGGCGAACCGGGACCCGCCGGGACGACGGGGCUGUCGGAUGGGGCACCCGACUGCACCCAACUCACCCCGGCCGAAAAACGCAUCGUGCAGUCUAACGAACGGCUGGUGCAGGAGAUGCGAGCUUUCCGCCGGGAAUACGCCGAGAGCCGGCGGGAGACCACCUCCGUCCUGCGUGUCAUCGCCCAGGCGUUGGGCGGCCUCAGCCGCAGCCUGGCCGAAAUCCGUGACCUCUACCUCCGGGAGCAGGCGGUCCCCAAACCCUGAGCCCCCCACGCAGCUGGCUGUGUGUGCCCGUGUCCGGUGGGGACGGU